UUCAAUUGGGUGCUACAUUAAUUAUAAACAAUGGAUGUUGUGAUUCCACUUAGCUACAAACACUUUUUUUCCAAUUGUUGCAAUAAACAGAAUUUGUAAUCAUAUUGCUGAAAAUCACUUCUUAUCCUUUAUGUAUUCACAAAUUAUUUUUUUAUGAAAAAGAAUAUGAUUAUAGAUGGAGUUAGGUGAAUUAUAUGAGUUGUUUUUCAAAGAGAAAAAACAUCUUUACAAUUAUGAGAAUAGCUACAAUAUUCUAAUUAUAGCCAUUACAGAAUACAGAUAUAUCCCAAUGUGUACUUUGUCCAAAAAUUGUUUGAUAGUCCUUUAAAAAACAAUUAUAGGGAAUGUCCACACAAAAUCUCUAUAGUGGGGAAUAUGAUACUCUUCCUCACAUUUUUUUUUUUUUUUUAUCUUGCUCAGCUACCAAUUCCAAAAGAUAAGCAAGCAUUAGAACUAUAUAAAGGGCAAACAUAUGACAAGUUUUUAGCAGCACAGAUAGAAACAAGAUUCAGUUCACAAGUAGUGUUUAACUGAGGUCUUCCCCUUUAGCAAAAUACACCCUCAAAAAAACUAAACGUUAUAUACAUAAACAAUGGGCUACUUAUUCAAUGGGAAUGGUAACACUCCUACCAUUCAAUCAUUCAUAACCCCAACAGAAACCACUGAUGUUUGUGAUGCCAACUCUCCUCUCCUUGCUACAGGAGACAUACGAGUCCUAAACCAAAUCUUCCAACCAUAUGGCCGUCGACGAGCGUUCAAUGGCCAUGUGGUGACUGUGAAGUCUUUCGAGGACAAUGCCGUGGUUGUAGAAACCAUCCUAGACAAGAAACUACAGCACAAACAUCCCAAAGUUUUAAUCAUUGAUGCAGGAGGUAGCCUAAGGCGUUCCAUGGUAGGAAGUGUUCUCGCCCAAAUGGCUUAUAACAUGGGAUGGGCUGGAAUAGUUGUGAAUGGAUGCAUUAGAGAUGUUGACGAAAUGAACUCCAUUGAUAUUGGGGUACGAGCAUUAGGUGCCGUUCCAGUAAGGUCGUUCAAAAAAGGUGGUGGUGAGAAGUAUGUUACUGUUCAUUUUGCUGGGGCUUUGAUUAAAGAUGGAGAUUGGUUAUGUGCAGAUAGUAGUGGCAUUUUGGUGUCUAAUUGUGAACUGUCUAUACUUGGACCACUCUACCGUCCCAUUCAAAAUGAGACUACAAUUAAUGGUGGUGGUUUUUACCACUACACUCAUAUAAUGGCUGACUACACUAGCCCAGUUGAAAUGCAUCGCUUGUUUAAAGCUCACUUUAUCGACGACCACAACUUCUUACCUAAGUUUCUUCCCGAGUCAUUCAAGAGCGUUGAAUUUGUUCUUGGUGAGUCCACUGGGGUUGGAUGCAUCAAGCUAAUGAAUUUUCCACAAGAUCACCGAUUUAAAUAUAUGAAGAAUAGAGUGGAUGAAUUGGAUCAUGAGAACCUCUACAUCAAGUACUCAAUUAUAGAAGGUGACAUUCUUGAGGACAAGUGGGAUCAUAUUGUGUAUGAAAUAAAGCUUGAACCCUAUAAUACAGGGACUCAUUUUAAGAUGAUAGGACACUAUCAGGCCAAGAAAGAUGUCAUUCCAACAGAAGAGGAUGUCAAACAUGGUCGAGAAGAACUUAAGCACAUGCAUAAGGUAGUUCAGGAAGUCCUUCUCCUCUACCCUCACCUCUAUGCCUGAGUGUCAUAGAGAUCAAGAAGUAAUAACUAUUCGUUUGAUAAACGAUAUUUAUAUUAAUAAAUGCAAUAAAUUUAACACUUUAUCAUAUAUUCGGAGAUAUUAUGUACUUAGUAUAUCUGAAGCUUUCUUUUCUCAAUACUCAUUAACAGUCUUCCAAAUGAGCAAAAUUCACAUAAUAGGUAGAGCUCUAGAUGAGCAGAAAAUGCAUUGUACAUGUGUAAAAUUAAAAAAUAGUACCGCAAGUGUACGGUGUACGAUAUCGCACAAUUAGAAAAUACGGGUCGAACCCACAAUGAUGUCGAUGUCAAGUUGUAUUAUGCACUUAAUUAUAUGAAUUUAGCCAAUUAGAGUCAACUACAAUUACUAGAGCAAUAAAUUAAAUCAUCUAUGAAAAUAAAGUAAGAACAUCAACUAAGACUAAAACUAAAAUAUAGGAAAUGCUAAAGAGACUACCAAAUCAAAACUAUAAAUAGACCAAAUAAAACCAAUAAUAGAAUACCACUAUGAACUAGACUAGCAAACAAAAAAAACAUACUUACCCGCAAGAAGCAUUAAGAUCAUAUAAUAUGAUAUAAGACAAACAAGAGAAUAAUCCAAUGUUCAUAUAUAGGUUAAGAUAUGAAACCACAUGAUAUAGAUUAAAAUGAUUAAAGUAACAGCCAAAUACGCAGCAAACAAAUCGGCAAAAAAAACUAAUAAAACAAGAUCAUAAUGUAACUUUAAUACUGCCCAA